AUGGAGUACUACCUCAAGACGCAAGUCGAGAUGUGGAUGAUCAUUCAAACCGGCCUCGUACUCCAACUCGACGAUACUAGAAAACCAGUAUCAUGCGAGAACUGGGACAUAAGCCUGAUGAAGAAGAUCGAAGUCGAUGCCAAAGUAACAUGCACUCUUCAAUGCGGCUUAACUAAAGAAGAAUUGAACAAAGUCGACCCAUUCUCAAGCCCUAAAGAUCUGUGGGAAAAGCUAAUUGAGAUACACGAAGGGAUCUCCGACACAAAGGAUGGAGAAUCGGUAAGCCAACUUCGUGCUUGGAUCCAGGACCUUCUCAACGGUCUGCACACAAUCAGUCAAAAGGUGGAGAAUCGCGACAUCAUCAGGUAUGCACUAAAUGCAUUUCCAAGGAACACUUUACGGACAUCCAUGGUAGAUGCUUACUGUUGGAUCGCGGGGGCCGGCUAG